AUGGAUCCCAUCACCAAUCCCCCCGGAUCCAGUCCGCACGGUGAGCCAAUAGACAUGGAUCAGAUCGAACUGAGAGUGAGUGAGACCAUUGCGUCAGAAUCACUCCCGGCUCCUCUAGAUCAAUGGCAACAAAUGGUUCAAAGUCUUGCCAGCAGUCUACCCCAAGGGAUGACUCUGGGCCAGCAGGCGGAGGUGCGCGAUAUGCUCAGACGACACCCGAUUCGGCACAUCCCAAAUCUGGUGUGGACUUUCAAUCGCUCCCUCCCGCCACCUGCUGAGUAUCCAUUGCUUGAUGAGCACCGCCGUCAUAUCGUGAAUUUUGUUCGAGAAGAGCUGUGGGCUGGUAACACUGAUGCUGAUCGCAUCGUCGCCGCGAUGGCGCGGCUCUUCCAGGGAGCCUUGGCCCGACGUCCACAGCUCUGCAGCUCUCGUCUCCUCUACGAAUUCACUUCUCUCAUUAGGGAGCGCUGCGGACAAAUCUGGCUGGGGUCGCUGUUUCAUGCUCAUCUCAACGAAAACGCACGGCAGAUUGAGCGCCUCUCCACCGCUAUCACGAGCGACAAUAGGUUGAGUCUCUACCAGUUUACCCAACUGGGGGAAGUCUACAUCUUCGACAAGAAUUUAGCACCGAGAGAACUCCGUCCAACAGACGAGGAGGGGAAAAUUGACGAUUCGGAUGACGAGGACCCGGUGGAUGACGACGACUCGGCGGACGACGGCGACUCGGUGGAUGAUGACGACGAUGUGUACGUUGACCGGGACCACAUUGCAGCUGCAACGGCUCCCUGCCUCCCUCCGCCUCACUGGUUGGAAAAGUCGACCAUCAUCCGCAGAGAUCCCCAGUCGCAGAGAACGCCAGUCUACAGGCCAGAAAUAGAAGACGCCGCAACGCUGAACCUCCUUAUUGAUCGACAACUCGACAUAUCAUCCCUCAGGGAAGCUUUCAGACACGUCAACGACCGAUACACUGCCAUGGCCGAGAAUAUGAUGGUUCACCCUCGCUACUAUGUUCUCCUGGCUCUCGAAGAGAAUGACACCGAUAUUCGCCGCGCGAACGCCCCCAACGAUUACCCGUCUCUGGAAAAUGCUUCUUUGAGGCAGGAUGCCCUCGAACAUGCCCGGAACUGCCUUUCGCGGGUCCACGGACGAUUGUUCGAUGUGGAGAGGUAUAUAAUCGCAAAGGAAGAGCGGCUUCUCGCCGCCGGGCGCAAGGUCAGAGCGUACAGUUCACGAUACGAGCGGACUAGACGCCGGUACUUUCUGAGGUGGCUGAUUGCUGGCCUGCACGAUCCCAAACUCCGAGAUCAGUUCAAUAUUCCUUCCUCGGUCCAGCCAGCGCCGAUGGCACGGCCAUACGAGGGGGGAGAUCCUUGCCCGGUCUGCUGUGAGGCUCUUGAGCGGAUGGAAGUGGUUUCUCCCCAACGCUAA